CACUCGUCUUCCUCCGCCUCUCACUUCAACCCGUUAUACUCACUCAUACUACUCCGAACCCCCACAGAUGUUUCCAAUGGAGUGCCCCCCUCCGUGAUGGCACCGGGCAGAGCCGUGACAAACGACCGGUGCUGACGGCGUACUUCCUCAAGACGGGACGCCGAGAGAAGAAGCCCAGCCCGACCGAGAUGUCUGCCGCGGAAAGUUUUCUUCUUCGGAUGGAAGAUGUUUUUCAAACAUAGCGCGUAUCUUUCUCAUCUUACUGAUGACCAUGGAGGUGUAGAGGUCGUGAGUGACACAACGUCCAUGGGGGAGUUCAUCGAGCUGCGUGACCUAACGCCUGGCGGAGAGCAGGUCCAGCUGACUAGCGCAUGCUCGCCUCGCUCCCCGCCACGUUUGGAGAGAGCCAACGCCCUGAGGAUCAGCCCGGGGAAGGUGCCAGAUCUGCUGAGCAGGGCGGGCAUCAUCCGCGUCCUGAGCAGUUGCGACCUUGACCAGAGCCUGGCAGAAGAGACCGGGGAGGGCCACGACUUCCAGCCCUGCAGCCAUGCUCAGCCCACGUGGUGCGACCUGUGUGGGGACUUCAUCUGGGGCCUCUACAAACAGAGCUUGCGUUGUGCCAAUUGCAAGUUCACAUGCCACUACCGCUGUCGACCCCUGAUCCGCUUAGACUGCAGCUGGGAUCGAGGUUCUUCCACUGACUACACGUUGGUUGUGGAGCACACAAUCGAAACAGACACCAAUGUGGAUGAACCAACCGAAUGUGGAAAGCAGGUGUUGACAACUGCCGAUACUCAGAAGAAGGUCAAGGAGUACAACACUCAGAUCAAUAGCAAUCUGUUCAUGAACAUGAACAAGGACGGUUCCUACACCGGCUUCAUCAAAGUUCAGUUCAAGCUGGCGCGGCCCGUGUCGGUCAUGCACCCGAAGAAAGCAGGAUGCGGAGGUGCGCAGAACGCCGGCUCCAGGAAGGGCGGCGGUGUGAAGCGGCGCACCUCCUUCUACCUGCCCAAAGACGCGUCCAAGCACCUGCACAUCAGCUCCCGCACGUCUGCUCGCGAAGUCAUCGAGGCCCUGUUGAAAAAGUUCACCGUGGUCGACAACCCUGGCAAGUUCGCGCUGUUUGAGCGCAGCGAGCGCCACGAACAAGUUUACAUUCGCAAGCUGUCAGACAACGAGCGCCCCCUACCUCUGCGACUGUGUGCUGGACCCAAUGAGAAAGUGCUCAGUUUUGUUUUGAAGGAGAAUGAGACCGGAGAAGUCAAUUGGGAUGCUUUCACCACACCGGAAUUGAAGAAUUUCCUGCUCAUCCUCCAGCGCGAGGAAGAGGACCACAUCAAGCAGAUCAUGGAGCGCUACAAAGUAGCUCGAGCCAAGAUGCAGGAGGCUUUACGCGGCUCCACGCCGGGAUGAGCAUUCUCUUACCCCUGCUGACGGGGAGACCUGGAACGUAGCACAUCUCCGGCUGGACCGUGGCCUUCAAAACCACCAGUCGCCGAUGCACGUGACGCUCCCGUUAACAAACGAAAACUAAAAACACCUUUUCGGUGAACGAGAGUGUGAAAGAGGCGCGAGACGAUGAGAGCGUGCGCGAGAGAACGCUGACACGAAUGUGCGUGUGAAAGGAUGCGAGAAGCAGUGCCUGACACCUGGAGAGUCUGAGAAGCAGUGCCUGACACCUGGAGAGUCUGAUGUGCCUGAGAGAAUGAGUUGAGACCAAUGAGGACUGACAGACAACCCGGCGGGUGUAGUCAGUCUACUUCCAAAUGACCCUACAGUACAUGGUUUUUAAUUAAUUCAUUAAAUUACCUUUUUUUUUUUUUUUUUUUUGGC